AACAACAACAACAACAACGUCGAACUAGCCUGGACGCUAUCCUCGACAAUGCCACCGCAGUACACCACCAUAAUCCACAUCCAACGAGUAUACCACUCCAUCGUGAAUCGCCCUCUUAUCAUUCCGAAGACGAAGUGUUUUCUCCCGUAUCUUUCCCAAUGCCAUCCUACAAGACAUCCCCCUUUGUCGAACCAACGACGACGACAACAUUCCCAUCACCACCGAUUCAACGCUAUGAUCCAUAUUUCCCGCAUCGACCUCGACGACGACGUGAAAUGCAGGCGAUCACCAAGAUUGUUGAAACAAAAGAAUACCCCUACGUCGACGGCUACUUUUGGAAGAACAAUGGAAACACGAUCCAGAAAAAGACCGGCAACAAGAGUGUUUACUACAAAUGCUCCAACAGCGCAAAGGGCUGCCCUGUGAAUAAGACGGUGACAUGGAAAGACAAUGGCGAAUAUCUCAUCAAGUAUCGCGGUGAACACUUUCCAGAUUGCAAUAGAGUCCAACGUGUUGUGGAUGUGUAGAUAUUAUAUGUACCCCUCAUUCCCUUCCCUCUCUCUCUCUCUCCAGUCAUUCAUUUCCAACUUCCUCUUAUUCUCUUUUAUACAUAUGUACACUACUACUGUUAUUAUUCGCCUUUAACUCUUAGAUACUUUUGACUAUAUAUACCAAAAACGGGUGUUAUUAUUUACGCGCGCGCUACAUAAACUUACAAGCAGGAUACACCGACCUCUAUGUAUAUGUAUAACAGGGUCUGUUUUUUUUUUCCU